AUGGCGCCUCUUCCCCCUCCCAAGAUAAGUCGAGUUAACUCUGUGGAUGUUGAGUUCUUCCGGCUCGAUACAACCGUGGAAGAAAUAAGGAGCAUGUCCGGCCGAAGGUGUACUCUCUGGACUGUCAUCCAAGACCAGCUGACAAGCAUCGAAGCAGAGGCAAAGUCUCAAAAGAAACAAAGAAUCAACGCUUACGACUUGGACGACUAUCACGAGAAUAAGAUAGAAGCGCAUGAAGAGAAACUUGCUGCUUCUGUCGACGCGUCUGAAGCGAACGAGUAUCCCCGCUUGCGGAAACGCCUCUUUUGGGAUCAUGGCGAAGUUCUCGGUGACAAGGAAGAGUUUCCUGUGGGCCAGAAUAAUUGCGUCCGGGUGACCAUGGGAUAUUCUGCUAUCAAUGACUUCAAGGACAGAAACGUCAUUGUGUACAUCGGAAUGUUGAUCCCCAAAGGAUUCCCCGAGACUGCGAGUCCCGAUCGCGAAGAAGUCGAACUGGUGCAAUAUUCGACGAGGUUCCUCGCUCUUUACCUCCCAGCUUCGAUGGAUCUCAUCCGCAAGUGGCUGAGCAACUGCGACAUGAAUCAUAAAUGUGGAAUAAUGGAUCUACCAGAUUCCAUGCCUUCUCUGGUCAUCGACGUAUCAGACCCUGGUCGCAGUCGACUGUUGCGGGUGCCUGAGAACAUGAGAGAGCGCUACAUCGCACUGUCCUACUGCUGGGGAGGUGUCUCUCAAGCUAUCAUAUUGAGAACUGGGAACAUGUCUGAUUUGACCUCUUCCAUCGACCCGCAAAAGCUAGACCCAACUAUUCGGGACAGCAUAACCGUUACCAGGGAGCUCGGAUUCAAAUUCCUGUGGAUCGACGCACUAUGUAUCAUUCAAGACGAGUACGACGAUAAGGUGAAGGAACUGAGAAGAAUGGGUGAUAUUUAUCAGAACGCCACGUUCACAAUCGUUGCUUCCGCAGCGAAGGAUGUCAAGGAAGGGUUCCUCGGAAAGCGGGCUCCGACCUAUGAAACAACUGGAAACCCAGAUGGGCAAGUCCAACCGGUAUUCGAAGUUCAGGCCGAAGUUGAUGAACCCACUGGCCACGAACAACAGACGAUGAUACUCAUACCGGACAAGCUGGAUGAAAUGGAGCCCUGGUAUGAGAGGGCUUGGACCCUUCAAGAAUUGCUCUUUUCCCGACGCCGACUUCAGUACCGCGCCCGGCAGACGACGUGGAUAUGCCAUUGCUCCGAGUCAUUGGUCGAAGACUGCGACGGUUGGAUCGGGGGCAUGGGGAACACUUACAUCAAUUACUCUGAUCAAUACCUCUUCCGAGGGCUCAUGGCUUUGCUGCGGGGUGGCGAAAGCGCUCCCCUAAAGACUGAUAUUCUGUCGCAUUGGUACGACCUUGUGGAGGUGUACUCUGGACGAAAGCUAUCUCAUCGAGCCGACCGCUUCCCUGCCAUAUCUGGCAUAGCGAGAGAAUUCGCGGCUCUGUUGGAAGAUGAAUAUAUUUGUGGCUUGUGGAGGUCUGACUUGGCAAGGGGACUGAUGUGGUUCCCUACAUUGAUGGAAGGCGACGCUGUGCUUGGUUACAAGGCUGGGCCAUCGUGGAGCUGGGCGUCUUUCGAAGGCCGAGCGAGCUGGAUGCAGCAAAGGCACACCCACUGGCGCCAAAAUCAAGACUUUGAGAUUCUAGGCGACGACAUUCAGCCUGUGUCCGACAUCGAGCCGUUCGGCGAGGUCAAAGUCGCUAAGCUUCAUCUUCGAGGUCUGGUCAAGAGCAUCCCCAUACCUUCGGCAGACGAGAAUGGAUUCAUACAAAGCGAGGUGAGAGACCAGAUCGUAUCGAUUGGGUUCGAUUAUCCCAACGACGACAGGCUCCAACUAGAUUGCGGGCUGACCCUCGAAUUGCUGGUGGUCGUUGACUCUGGUGAUCUUGGUGUGGAAGGCCUUGUGCUCAUGGAGGAAGGGGAGAAUCGUUACUCUCGCGUUGGCUUGUUUGAGAUGGAUAGCAUUUGGCCGGUGAAAUCUUCACAUCGAUGGGAGGAGGAACACACUCGCGGGAAGAAAUCACUAAAAGAGCACCAAGCACGGUUGAGAAGUCUCUGGAGCGAAGAGAGUAUCAGGGAGAUCGUCCUCAUCUAA